AUGGUACCAGAAGCUACGCGGCAAGCCCGUCAGCAUUUCCGGCAUGUCCCGUUUGUCCCGGUGCUGGGGGUUGCUCUUCGGGAUGUACUGGGUGUUCAUUCUCCGGGACGCCUUGACAAUUGGGUAGGUGGUUCGCCUCCCCAUUCUGACCUGGGGCGUUCGGAAUGUGGGCGUCAAGCUGGUGCUCGUGGGGCACGUCGUCUUCUUCUUCGCACUCGUCGUUGGGGUCGUCGAUGGGCGGGAUGCCACAGUGGGGACAGACGGAGCAGCAGACGAGAAAGCCGUCGUCUAGGUUCUUGCGGUACAUGCAGAUUCCGUCACACGGGGUGCGAUGCUCGUAGUCCUUGCGCGGAUACCCGCACGCGAUGGGGCGAUGCUCGGCUUGCGGGCGCGCGCACUCGCGACAUAGGCCGGCGUCCGAAAAAAUGUGCGGACCCUGCAGACGAGGCAUGGUGCGGGACUGGGGGUGGAGACCGGGAGCGCGAUGGAAGGGAGAGAUCAGAUGUGUUGGAGGGAGGGAGGGAGAGUGGAGAGGGGGAUGGGUCGGCGGGUGAGGAGGACCAUUGA